CGGAGCGCGAACGGGAAAGGAACAAAAAAAGUGUUAAAAGCACGGGCGAAACCGCCCGGUAAAAAGCGGGGAGCGUUAAAUGCACGGGCGAAACCGCCCGGCAAAAAAGGAAAAAGGGGGCGCUGGCAGCCAGCCGGGCACGAACUUCCCGGGGAUAUGCCGGCAAAUUACCGGUAUUGCGGCCAAAGCAUAAUAGCAAAGCUAAAAAAUAAAGUAAAGUUUAAAUUGCACGAAAGCGUUUGGAGCGCGAAAAAUUUAAAAAACCAACCCCGGGUGCCCAAAAGGGUACGAAAAAAGGGGAAAUUAAAAAAAAAAUAA